AGGUGGACUUUUGGUAGGGACAUUGGCCACGUGAUUUCUACAUUUCUAAAUUUCCACUCUUUUGUCUCUUCUCUUUCACAAUUCUCUUUCACACACACCAUUCCAAACUCAGAAACACACUUUUCUCUCUUUUUAUCUUUCAAAAACUCUCUCUAUACAAACAACAACACUCACAAAGACUCACUCUAUCAUCACAAGAUCUUUCUCAUGGAACAAGCAGUUUCCGGAUCACCAAAGCAACCCGACCCAUCUCCCUCAUCAUCCCCAUCCACUUCAGCACCACCAGUACCACCACAACAACCAAGCCGUUACGAGUCACAAAAACGCCGCGACUGGAACACGUUUCUACAGUACCUAAGAAACCACAAACCACCCUUGACGCUAGCCCGCUGCAGCGGAGCACACGUGCUCGAGUUCCUCAAGUACUUAGACCAGUUCGGGAAAACCAAAGUCCACGUGUCGACUUGUCCUUUCUUCGGACACCCGGAUCCACCGUCUUCUUGCCCUUGUCCUCACAAACAAGCUUGGGGAUCACUCGACGCUUUGAUCGGACGGCUUAGAGCCGCCUACGAGGAAAACGGCGGACGGCCAGAUACGAACCCGUUCGCUGCACGCGCCGUUAGGAUUUACUUGAGGGAAGUCAAAGAGAGUCAAGCUAAGGCUCGUGGGAUCCCUUACGAGAAAAAGAAACGGAAACGGAAACCCACCGUUACCUCCGUUAGAUUGGAUGUUGAUUUAACGAGUAGUAUCGCCGGAAACGACGGAAGUAACGGUGAUUCUCCGGCCACCUCCGGAGCCGUACUUCCCCUAGGUUAAUUAUUAUUAUAAUUAGACCUAAUUUGCUUAAUUAUAUAUCUCUAAAUAUAUAAAAACAUUAAAGAAAUCUUUUUAUUUAGUGUAGGAGCUAUAUAGCUCUCUCAGUUAUAUUUAUUUGAUCAUGAAAAGACAUUUGUUGUUGAGUUUAUAUUUAGUUCAGUAAAUGGACUCAUUCUAGUUAUUUCUUUUCAAGUUAGUGGUCCGUAGUAAACUAUAUAUAUAUUACUUUUUA